GAAGAACGAACGUCUUGCUCGGUGCGCCUUGACGUCUUAGAGGCAAGUCAUGCGUCCAUUCUUGGACGCUCAAUGUCACCUGACACGCUUUCUUUUCACACGUUUUUCUUUUUAAUAGCGCUGGUAGUUUAAACAUUCGGAAACUACCAUGCAGCGGAUAACGCAGAGAGCAUUCAGUUGCUCCCGGGUUCUCUGUCCCGCACCGUUUCAGCAGAAAUGCAGAGCUUCUCUGCAGUUCGGCGCGCGCGCCUAUAGCGUUGUCCCAACGCCUCGCGACCAGGAGGAGCAGGAGAUGGUUCACCGUAUUCUGCGCGUGGACCAUGCUGGGGAAUUCGGCGCAAAUCGCAUCUACGCGGGCCAGAUGGCGGUGUUGGGCCGUUCAAAGACUGGACCUCUCAUCCAGCAAAUGUGGGAUCAAGAAAAGAAGCACUUGGCAAAAUUCAAUGAAAUUCUUGGAGAGAACAGAGUUCGUCCCACCGCUCUGCUGCCUUUCUGGAACAUUGCGGGAUUUGUAUUAGGGGCCUCUACUGCCCUGUUGGGAAAGGAAGGAGCUAUGGCCUGCACUGUGGCUGUGGAGGAAAGUAUUUCUGAACACUACAACAGCCAGAUAAGAGUUCUCAUGGAGAGGGACCCAGAGCGCUACAGUGAGCUGCUGCAGGUUAUAAAGGAAUUUCGAGAUGAUGAGAUGGACCACCAUGAUACAGGACUGGAGCACAAUGCUGAAUCAGUGCCUGGGUUCUGGAUUCUAAAAAAUGUUAUACAGCUGGGUUGUAAAGCAGCAAUAAGUAUUUCUGAGCGUGUCUAAAUAUUUUUCAGUCAGUUAUUUUUAAGAAUUUUUUUUUCUAAAGGUCAAGUGUCAAAUGUACAAACAUCUACUUUUCUCCUGGUGUUUCAGUUGCUUUAAACAUCUUUUCAUUCGACUCCAUUCAAAUCUUUUUGUGUGAGGUUGACUUGUAACACUUUCAGUACAGUUUUCUGAACAUAAAUGUGUCAUUUGUAUGUGUGGGAUUGUUGAGAUUAGGUUUCAUUAACUUGUAUUUGAAAGAAAUCGACCUAAUAAAUCCACCAAAUUCAAAA